CGUCAUAAAGCUGCGCCGCUCUCCUGCAUCUGUGGUUUGGCUGAAGAAAGGACAAAGUGUCCAGACACAGAAAAACCCCUGGUAAAGCAGAUCCACGUGACACAUUAUUGUAAAGAUGGCGUUUAUUAAAGAGGAGAAGGAAGACAUGAGGAUUGAAGAAGCAUUCAGAGUCAAACAUGAAGAUACUGAGGAACAAACAGACUAUAUGAAAACAUCUUUUAUGUGAAAUAUCUUAUUCAGACCUGAUGGCGCUGAAAGAAGAGAGACAUGAACUGACAAAGAUAGAAGAGAAAGAUCAAUAUGAGAGAAUAAAUUUCAUGAAUAUGGAAACAUCCAUACAGACUGAAACAACUCCAUCACAAAUAAAAGUUCAGAAGACCGAAUCUAACAGUUACUUCACCUGCCUUCAAUGUGGAAAGAGUUUCAAUCAAAAAUAUAACCUUAAAAACCACAUGAAAAAAGUUCAUGCUGGAGAGAAGCCUUAUACCUGCAAUCUGUGUGGGAAGAGCUUCUCAUAUAAAACACACCUUGAUUCACACAUGAAAUCUCACACUGGAGAGAAGCCGUAUACCUGCCGUCUGUGUGGGAAGAGCUUCUUAUGCAAAGGAUCUCUUAAGAUGCACAUGGUCACUCACACUGGAGAGAAGCCGUUUCCAUGCGAUCAGUGUGAAAAGUGUUUCAGACAUAAAGCAACCCUUGAUUCACACAUGAAAACUCACACUGGAGAGAGUCCUUACAUGUGUAAACCGUGUGGAAAGAGCUUCUCGCAUAAAUCAACCCUUAAUGCCCAUAUUAGGAAUCACACAGGAGAGAGACCCUUCACCUGCAACAUAUGUGAGAAGAGCUUCUCAAAAAAAAGUAAUCUUAACGCUCACAUGAAAACUCACACAGGAGAGAAGCCUUUCGUGUGUCCUCAGUGUGGAAAAUGUUUUACACGUGAAAUAACCCUUACUUACCACACAAGGCUUCACUCAAAGGAGUUUAAUUGUCAUCAGUGUGGACAGAGAUUCCCAGACAAGAGACGCCUUACCUGGCAUGAAAAAAGUCAUUCUCGAGAGACAUGUUUCACAUGCCAUGACUGUGGAAAGACUUUCAGAUUUGCAUAUAAAAAAGACCUGAAAAGUCAUUUGCAAACACAUUCUGCAAAGAAACUGCAGUGCUCUGCCAAUGAAAAGAAGCUUAGAAAAAGGAGCAGUUUGAAAAAUCAUCCAUUAUUUCAUACAGACACAGGAAACACGUAUCUGUGCAAAAUUAAAGCUAUGUUCACACCACAGCUGAACGUGGCCCAAACCUGAUUGUGCAUCUUAAUGACCAAUUGCAUUUUUCACAUUUUAUACAUUUGACUUUCUUUUUUUCUUGUCUAAUAAAUAUGAACUGCUGUGGCAACAUCUGACCAUCUGUUAUAGUUCAGUUGUUCUUAAAAUUUUGGUUUUAAGAUUCAAGGCUGGAUCCUAAGUCAGAAUUUGUGGACCGAUAUCUAAAAUUUGUCAAGUUUUCAUUGUUUAUGCUUUGUAUAACCAGGGGUUAAUUUAGGUUUGAACCCAACAGAGCUGAGCUCCUCGCUGAGUAUGCAAACGGGUUUAUCUUCCUGGAGCUCAGCUACUGUCCUUCAGUAUCACUGUGGAUAACUCUCUACUUUUUAAUCUAAUUAACAGCUGUGGUCAUCAAACAGCAGUAGAGUCGAUAUGUGUGUCUAAAUAUAAAGAAUAGUGUAUUAUAUUCACUUUGCCCUGUUGCAGUAACUAAAUUAUUUUAAUUUUCUGCUAUGAUAUUUGUGAUCUUACAUGGCAAAAAUGUCAGUUUCUGAUCAAUAUUUUCAGGCAUUUUGACUGGUAUGUAUUCUCAAACAGCACUGUUUCAAGCACUAAAGUGAAAGUGAAAAGUGUUCUUGGCAGUCAGAAUUUGCUCCUUUACCCACUGAAUACAAUCAAGUAAAGACCCAUUAUAAACCCAAAUAUUUAAUGAACAGUCAAUUCAAAUCACUAUUGUUAUGUUUCAGGUUCUGUGCUUUGCCACAUUAGUGAUCACUUUAGAAGCAUCUAACAGAAUAUUACUAGAAAAUUCAACAACAACAUGUCUUUCCAGAAUCAAAAUGUUAUUUUCUCUGGACAGUGAAUAUAAACUUUAUUCCAAAUCAAUAUUUGCAAUAUUAGUCAACCAAUACCUUAUUUGACAUUCAUCAAAACUAUACUAAACUAACCAAACCAUUGACUGUUCAUAGAAGUUACUGUGUUUUAUGGUGUUAUAUUGUUAAUCAUCUGUUAACUAGGUCACAUGUAAAGCUCUGGGUAAAUGAUAUUGUACAUGAACAAUCAGUUCAUGUGUUCAAGUGUUGGUGCAGGAGAAACGGCAGGAAUAAAGAUAUGAGCAACUUUGACAAAGGCAAACUGUUGUGGCCAGACAAGUACACUGCCAUCCAAAAGUUUGGAAAUGCCCUAGAAAAGUGGGGUUUUGGACAAUAUUGGCAUAAAUAAUUUAAUACAUUGUUGAAAGACUAUUUGUAGUGAAGUUUGAUUAUUUUUUACAUUCCCAUUUCAAGAUUUUGGAAAAUGGAGCA